ACUUUCAAUGUGAUCCUUGUAAGUAAGGUUUUUGUCAAAAGCAAGUCCAAGAUGUUUCACUUGAUCCUCCCACUUCAAAGUCACCCUCGUCUGGCCGGACCCUGUUCCGGAGACGACCCCCACUCUGCCAGGUCCUGUCCUGGAGGCACCAACCCGCUGGCCGAUCCUAGUACCGGAAGCCACCACCGUCUGGCCGGACCCUGUUCCGGAGACGACCCCCGCUCUGCCAGGUCCUGUACUGGAGGCACCCGCAUCGCUGGAUCCUGUUCCGGGUGCAACCCAACCCGGACCGUGUUCCGUAGGCUUUCAACGCGCUGCAAGGCCCUGUCCUGGAGGCAAUUCAAGCCCUGCCGGGUCCUGUCCCGAAGGCAAUCUAUGCCCUGCUGGACCUAGUUCCGCAGGAUUUCACCGCUCUGUCAAGCCCUGCCCUGGAGGCACCCGCAUCGCUGGAUCCUGUCCCAGCCGGGUCUUGUCCCGAAGGCAAUCUACUCCCAGUCGGACCGUGUUCCGGAAGCAGAACCUAAAAAGGUCAGCGACUCCGAAAUCAACCGAGAUUCCGCGCCGAAGCUAUACGAUCAAGCCAGCCAACCUGAUACAAGCCGUGCCUAUCGGAGGACGGCUCCAACGACAACCAACCUCAACCCGAACGAGAGAGAAUCCCGAACCAGUCGGGUCUCUCGCAUCUUCCAGAUCGAAGCGCAACAUCGACGGGAAGCCUUGGCACUGCUUGUGGUCGGUGCCAUCAAGAAGCGAUGCGUCGCCGAUGCACCAAACCAAGCUGAUGAACGCGAAGCACAAAGGCCACCUGACGAAGGUGCAAUUGAUCGUUGUCCCUGGGACCCAGGGGUCGCGCAGCACGCAGUCCAGCAAGAACACCACCUAGGAUCGAGUUCCGUCUGUUAAGAGAACUCAACGGGGGGGAGAAUGUUCGGGACGACCAAAUAGUGUUUGCCCACACCCGUACGACGAGAACGACUACGCCCUUGCGCAACGGCAGAGCUGUCAUCGACGACGUCAACAACAACAGUUUGCCGCUCGAACCGGCCAGCAACAAGCCCGCGUUGAGCGCGCUCAACGCAAGUCAUCAAACCACCGAACGUGAGAGACGCGACGCGCAAAAACUCUAGAUUUGUUCAUAUAAGGAUACAAAUUGGUAGCACCAUCACAGGUACAAUUUAUUAUUUGCCAAUCAAAUUUACCUAUUAUUUCAACACACAUGUUAAGUCUGUAGUCUGGGGAGAGAAACAGUAGGAUUUCAAGUGUGCAAAUAUUUGGUGUGCAGUUAUGAUUUGCAAGUGUGGAGAAUUUGGUGCAAAGUUUGCAAUACAAUGAGGAAAAGAAAAAAAAAUGUCAAGAAAACAUAACCUGCCUAAUUUAAGAAGUGGCGAACACACACGCAACGUUACACACUGUUUAAUUUCAUGAAAUGAUCAAAUGAAAAUAUUUCAGGAUCGAUGAUGUUUGGAAGUUUAAUACAAUUUGAAUAAAACAAAUAAGAUUGAACACCAACUGCCUCAAUAUUGAACAAAAAAAAUGUUUUUUUUUUUUCUAUUAAGUGAAAUCAGAUUGGCAAAAAGAAAUGGGAAUAUUUAUGAAAGCACUUGUGAAAUUUUGGUAACAUGUAAUCAGGAUUUUUAGUAGUAAUGUUAACUCCGUGUCGUUCCGCGCGCUUUUUCAAGUGUAAGCAUAAACCGCGAAUUCAUUUAUUUUUUUGUGUCGACUUAACCCUCUCAACUCGCGAAACAUGCCUUGCCAUAUCGACAACUACCCAAUCACCGAUGCAUCGCACUUGAUGCAAUGUUCCGGUUCGUGUGGCAGAAGUUUCCAUGCUGCGUGCGCUGGGACACAGAGGAACUACGAGAACGAAAUAACUAAUUAUAUGAUCCCGCUGUGCCGAGACUGCCAGGGAGUUAUUACGGUUGAAGUCACAACUCGCGCCGUUUUCCUGCAACAGCAAAAACUGACUUGCGAUAUCAAAGCUCUGAUUGAUGCUAACUUUAAGGCUUGCAAUGCCUUCAAGCAAAUGGACAACAAAAUCGAAGUUGUUCAAGAUGAAUAUGAGGGCAUUGCCACCCUCCUUGGCGAUAUGCAGCAGCAACUCAACAGGCGUAUGCAAAAAAGUUUCUGUUCUGUUUUUUUUUGUCUGGGCGUGACCCUGGUCCUGCUGUCAAUGAAAUCCUCGAGGAGAUUAAGGCAAUCUCAGCCAAUCUCCCGGCUGGUACUGAGCAAACCGAGGGUCAUCACGAAACUCUCGCUGAUGAGUUAGCAUCUAGCUCAGCUUCAGGUAGACCCAAUCUUAAAGAUAAUUCUGGAUGGCGCACACUCGGCAAUAUAAUCGGCUCGAUUACAGCUUCUUUGACAACAAUUUCCACUUAGAACAACGUAAUGACCGGCUUCACCGCCUGCGCCACAACCAGCUUGCACAACACUUAGUAAAACAACCAAUCAACUUAUUACAAAAUCAACAACAACCACAAUCCCAGCAACAACAACACCAACAACAAUCCCAGCAACAACAACACCAACAGCAUAUCCAGCUCCAACAACAACAAUCCCAGCAACCUCAACACCAACCCCAGCAGCAUCAACAUCAACAACAACAUCAACAGCAUAGCCAGCACCAGCAUCAAAAUCUACAGCAACAACAACAAGCCCAUUCCCACCAACAACAGCAACCACAACUUCACCAGCUACACCCACCGGCACAACAGCAACCACAACUUCAUCAACAGCAACAGCCCACCCAAGCUCAGCUAAUACAUAGAAGCGCACAGGUAUACAGUGAAACACCUAGCUGGAUGAUCCGGCCAGCACUACGUAGCCCUUUUUCGGAAACAGGAAAUUUUAUGAACUAAGGACGCCUUCAUGUGAAGCUAGCGAUAAUUUAAUUUUGACAAGUCCAACCACUGCGUCUAAUAAUUUAAUUGAAAUUUUGACUUACUGUCAAAACUUCAAUAGAAUGAAGAGUGCCGCAAAAAUCGACACUAU